GAGUACAUUGUUACCAACUGACGACCUCCGGAAAAGCUGCACAGAAUACGUGUGAAAAAUAAAACACGAAAACCCACCCCCACCGUCCACCGACAAAGCUUCCACCGCCCCGGCGACGAUGGAGGCGAUCACGCGAAAGUUACCACCGAAUCCGCGCCAAAACGCAAACAUCCUGUCCACGCUCACCUUCUGGUGGACGAUCGAUCUGUUCCGGAAGGGGUACAGCAAGGUGCUCGAGCUGCAGGACCUCUUCCGACCGCUCGAUGUCGACCGAUCGGAUGUGCUCGGUGAUCGGUUGGAGAAAAAAUGGUUCGAACAGCAAGCCGGCCCCGGUCGACCAUCCCUCGUGAAGGCCAUCUUCAAAACGUUCUGGCGCGAAUACGGCGUCCUCGGGCUCAUCACCAUCAUCAACGACAUCUUCAUCCGCCUGGCUCAACCCAUCUUUCUCGGCUGGCUGUUGCUCUACUUCCGCAAGGACUCGGAAGUGACGCGCGAAAGCGCCUUCAUCUACGCGACCGCAAUCGUGCUGCUGAACGCGCUGAGCGUCAUCACGAUCAACCAGUACGUGCUGGGAAGCUUCCAAAAUGGCAUGAAAGUGCGCAUCGCCGUCUGCAGCGUGAUCUACCGGAAAGCUCUCCGUCUGUCGCGUACCGCCCUCGGUGAUACGGCCCCCGGAAAGGUGGUCAAUCUGCUGUCGAACGACGUCAACCGGUUCGACAUCGUGUCCGUGUUUCUGCACUCCAUGUGGUCCGCACCGCUGCUCGCGAUCGUGAUCGGUGUGCUGCUGUACAUCGAGAUCGGUGCUGCGGGACUGAUCGGUAUGGUGGUGAUCUUCAUCGUUACCCCGAUUCAAUCGUACACCGGGAAGCUGACGUCUCGGUUCCGCCUGCAAACGGCACUCCGGACGGACGAACGCAUCCGGUUGAUGGACGAGAUCAUCUCCGGUAUUCAGGUGAUCAAGCUGUACGCCUGGGAGCGCCCAUUCGCGAAGCUCAUCCGUCACGCGCGGCAGCUCGAGCUGCGGAUCGUGCGCAAGAGUGCUUAUGUGCGUGGGCUUUACAUGACGUUUUUGCUGUUCACAACGCGCACGGCCGUGUUUUGUACGAUGAUGGCGAUGGCCCUGCUCGGGGACGAAUUAACCGCAGCCCGGGUGUUCGUUGUUGCGACAUACUUUGGCAUUCUGGCGAACACGAUGUCGGCGAUGUUUGUGCGCGGGAUCGCUGAGAUUGCGGAAGCGAUGGUGGCGAUGCGACGGUUGGAGCGAUUCUUGGAGUAUGAAGAGCGGGAAGUUGACGCACUUCCGGGUGCUCCGGGCGGAAAAGCCCGGUUGUUGGCGGAAUUUGGGUUGAAUGGUGCGUCAGGAGAUGCGCCGGAAAAGCAGCGAUUGAUUGAAGCCGACAGUCAACAGCUUCCCGCGACGGUGGCCGUUUCGUUGCGCGGUGUAACAGCCAGCUGGGGUGCUGUCCGGCGUCCGGAAGAUCCGGCGGGUGUGACAGCGUCAAAAAAAGAGAAACAAUCGAAUGGUGGAACAGCGCUCGAUCACGAGGAACCGAGUGUACCGGUUGGAGCGACACUCGCGAACGUAAACGUUGACUUCCGGAAGGGUCAACUGAUCGGUGUGAUCGGUCCGGUUGGUGCGGGAAAAUCUUCCCUACUGCAGGCGAUCCUUCGUGAGCUUCCGCUCGAAUCGGGUAGCGUCGUAGCGCAAGGCCGGUUGACGUACGCAAGCCAAGAACCGUGGGUGUUUUCGGGCACCGUCCGGCAGAACAUCCUUUUUGGGCAGCCGAUGGAGAAAGACCGGUAUGAAGCGGUCGUGCGCGCGUGUGCCCUCGUUACGGAUUUCGAGCAACUCCCGGAUGGUGACAGGACGAUGAUUGGGGAGCGUGGGGCGGCCUUAUCCGGGGGGCAGAAAGCUCGCAUCAGCUUGGCACGGGCCGUGUACCGACGAGCGGAUGUGUUUCUGCUCGAUGAUCCGCUUAGCGCUGUUGAUGCGCACGUUGGAAGGCAUCUGUUUGACCUUUGUCUAGGACCUCACGGGAGGUUAGGAACGUUACGAGCGACACGCAUCCUUGUCACGCACCAGGUGCACUUUCUCAAGGAAGCCGAUUGGGUGGUGGUGUUGAACGAGGGUCGCGUACAAGCGCAAGGAACUCCGCAGGACCUCGCGAACAGUGGUAUCGACUUUGUGGAGUUGGUCGAACGGAAGAAGGGUGGAUCGGAUGGGGGUGUUGACGGGGACGAAGGCAUCGGGGAUGGAGGUGGAGGUGAUACCGACGCCGGGGAUAAACGUAGCCGACGGGAUUCACGAUCAUCCGCCCGAUCGACAGGAUCAUCGUCUCACGCGGACCUCACCGAGGAGGAGUUGAAGCGAACGGAACGUGAGACGGCAGCGGAUGCACCGGUUCAGAGCAACAUGGAAGGAACGUCUCGUGGAAUGGUGCAGGGAUCGUUGUUGCUGAGCUACCUGCGAAGUGGAGCCAACACGCUCAUCAUCGGCUGGUUGCUGGUGUUGUUCCUAGCGACUCAGCUCGCGGCCAGUGGAGCUGAUUAUUGGGUCGCCGUUUGGACCUCACAGGAAGAACAACGACUAUUCCGGGCAGCCCACCAAAACACCACGGACGUCCCUACCGACGAACAAGACCCCCUUCUCAGCACGGAGCUCUGUAUGGCCAUCCACGGUGCGCUCGUUGGCAGCAUCUUCCUCUUCGCCAUCUCAAGAUCGAUCAGCUUCUACCAAACAUCCGUACGCGCUUCGCAAAACCUUCACGACGCGAUGUUCUCCGGAUGCGUCUCCACGACGAUGCGCUUCUACGACACGAAUCCCUCCGGCCGCAUCCUGAACCGCUUCUCAAAGGACAUGGGCUCCGUGGACGAGCUGCUCCCGAAAGCGAUGCUCGACGCCUCCCAAAUCAUCCUCAGCCUUUGCGGUACACUCGUCGUGACCGUGCUGAUGAACCCACUGUUCCUGAUCCCACUCGGUGGGCUUGGCAUCGUUUUCUGGUUCGUGCGCCGGAUCUACCUCAAAACGUCGAAAAACAUCAAACGCCUCGAAGGCAUCACACGAUCACCGGUCUUUUCGCAUCUCGCCGCAUCCCUAGCCGGGUUGCCAACGAUCCGUGCGUUCGGUGCCCAAACCGAGCUGAUCCGCGAGUUCGACGCUCAUCAGGACAUCCACACGGCCUCGUUCUACAUGUUUAUUACGGCCGCUUCAGCGUUUGGGUUCGCGCUCGAUCUGCUCUGCCUGAUCUUCGUGUUUAUUGUCGUGUUUAGCUUUCUCGUGCUCGAACAGGACACGUUCGGUGAUCGCGUUGGGUUAGCGAUCACACAAUCGAUGGCCCUGACCGGGAUGAUGCAGUGGGGCAUCCGGCAAAGCGCGGAGGUGGCCAAUUUCAUGAUGUCCGUCGAGCGGUUGCUCGAGUAUCGUGAUCUUACGCCGGAACUGCAACCCGAUCGACCGAGGGCGCUGAAUGCGGGGUGGCCAGAAGCGGGCCGGAUCGAGUUCCGUUCGGUAACGUACCGAUAUUUCGAAGGUGCACCGGCUGUGUUGCGAGAUUUGUCGUUUGUGAUACGCUCACGGGAGAAGGUAGGGAUUGUGGGUCGAACUGGGGCCGGCAAAUCGUCCUUAAUUGGGGCGCUGUUCCGGCUAGCGCUGGUGGAAGGUGAGAUCGUGCUGGAUGGGGUGGAUACGGCGGAUAUUACGCUGGAGCAGUUGCGCUCGAAGGUGUCCAUCAUCCCGCAGGAUCCGGUGCUGUUUUCCGGCACGUUACGCCGCAAUUUGGACCCCUUCGAGGACUACCCGGAUGUGGAGUUGUGGGGUGCAUUGGAGCAGGUCGAGCUGAAGGAACUCGCCAACACACCGGCCGGGCUGCAGAUGGCCGUUGCUGCUGGUGGAUCAAACUUUAGCGUCGGCCAGCGACAGUUGAUUUGUUUGGCGCGUGCAAUCCUGCGGAAAAACUGCGUACUUGUGCUGGAUGAAGCCACCGCAAACGUCGAUCCAACCACCGAUCGAUUGAUUCAGGACACGAUACGCGUGAAGUUUGCCGAUUGUACCGUGCUGACGAUCGCACACAGACUCAACACGAUCAUGGACUCCGACCGGGUGCUGGUGAUGGACGCUGGUCAGGCUGUUGAGCUGGGAACGCCUCACGAGCUGCUGCAGCUGCCGAUUAGCAUCUUCCGCGAUAUGGUGCUGGCGACGGGACCGACGGAAUCGGAACGCUUGCAGCAGAUUGCGCUGCUUAAGCACGAACAAACGCAGCAGCAGUGAUCGCAGCGUGUCCUUAAACCGGUGUACCAGUAGGGGGGUCGACUUUUUAGUGCUCCCAAACGAUAGCGCAAUCUCUUCUUGAAUGUUAAAGAAAAUGCCUCGACAGCAUGUCGACGGAGUAGAACCGUGAAAGGACCCUUUUCCCAUUAGUUAGACUGCAGCAACACGCGCAUUGUUACGGAGGGCAUAUUUUAAUUAACUGCAUCGUUGGCGAUUAUUGUCGCGAUUGUCCAGUGUUUGUUGGUAGGUAGGUGGGUAGUUUUUUGUGUGCGUGUGUGUGUGUGUUAGAAUGUCGGUGUACAGGAGGCUAGGAUGUCGCUUUUAGCUAGUUUAGGAUUUCCCUUCGAUGGUGUAUACCAUUAAGGGCGAUAGAGAAACAAAAUCGAACAAACGUAGUUUUAUGAGAUAUAUAUAUUUUAUACAUGGUACUGCCGUACCGUACACUAUACAUAUUUUAAAAAAACAAAUACAGCGUGAUAGCACGAACGACGAACAGCUGAUGCGGUGGGUGGUGCUUUGUUUUCAUUUCGAACGGGAAGGGUCGCUUUUGGUUGCGGAAAAAAAACGAGAAGCCACCUGCUAACGAAUGUGCAUGCUGCACUGGUGCAUGCAAACUGCAGAUACCAGGCGAGCGACACGGCACAGUGGAUUCGUAACGAGAUAUCACAUGGUUUUGGUUGCAUAUUUUAAUUACUGUAUUUGAUGCGAAAAUAAAGUUAAAUAAUA